AUGUUGGAAGGUAAAGCCGUGAUAGAGGAUACUGACAUGCCUGUUAAGAUGCAGAUCCAAGCCAUGGCAUCUGCUUCUGAAGCUCUUGAUCUCUAUGAUGUUUUGGAUUGCACAUCCAUUGCUGCCCACAUGAAAAAGGAGUUUGAUACGAAGUAUGGUUCUGGAUGGCAGUGUGUGGUGGGAUCAAGUUUUGGGUGUUUUUUCACUCAUUCCAAGGGAACCUUCGUGUACUUCACUCUGGAGACUCUAAAUUUUCUCAUCUUCAAAGGGGCCUCUUAUCUUAUCUGA